GGCUCUCCUCCUCACUUCUCUGCUGUCAAGGAUGGGGCUGAAGGGGACAGCCCUUCUCCUCCUCCUGCCCUUGGCAAUGCUAUGGCUACUGCCGUGGCCUUGGCAGUGGCUGUGGCUGAUACCUACCAUGGGGCUCCCAUGGCUUUCUCAAUGGCUCCCUAAGUCUCUGAUCCAGAGCUUCCCAGCCUGGAUCCGUUGGCUGCCAGAAGAUGUAACUUACAUAGGCCACCUCCUAUACAUCAACCUGGCCCACAAGGUUUCCUGUACAUCCUUAGUGGACCUGCUUGAGGCCCGGGCCAAGGCUAAUCCAGACCGGCUGAUGGUGGUGGACACAACCUCUGGCCUCCAGGUGAGCCUGGGGGAGAUGGAUCAGAAGAGCUGCCAAGUGGCCAGGGCCCUGGGUGCAGCCUUCCACGGCUCUGUGGGGCUGAAGGAAGGGGAUGUGGCCGCCCUGUUUUUCCUCGGGCCCCAAGGCAUCUCCACACUCAGUCUCUGGUUUGGUCUCAGUAAGUUGGGCUGCCAGGUCGCCUGGAUCAACCCCCACAUCCGAGGGUCUUCCCUCCUCCAUGCUGUACUCAGUGCUGGGUCCUGCGUCCUUUUGGCUGACCCAGAGUUACAGGAGGUGGUGGAGGCCAUUGCUCCAGAGCUGAUGGCCAAGGGUGUCCGGUGCUUUUACUUGAGCUCCACGUCCCCCACAAAGGGGGUGGAGCCCCUGAAGGACCGCAUAGAAGCAGCCUCCUCCGACCCAGUGCCCCGCCAGAUUCGAGCUGGCGUCACCUCUGAAAGCAUGGCUGUGUUCAUCUACACUUCUGGGACCACUGGGCUCCCCAAGCCAGUGAUCUUGAAUCACAAUCGGGUGCUGAUGAUGGCAUCGUCCCUGAAAGCGUGUGGCAUCCGGCAGAACGAUGUCUUCUACACAGCCCUUCCACUUUACCAUACCUCUGCCCUUCUGGUUGGCGUCAUGGGCUGCAUAGAACGAGGGUGUACCUGUAUCCUGGCCCCAAAGUUUUCAGCCUCAAGGUUUUGGGAUGACUGUCGGAAGUAUCAGGUAACGGUCAUUCAGUACGUUGGAGAGGUCCUUCGUUACCUGUGCAGCACUCCUGAGCGACCCUGUGACCAAGAGCACAAGGUGCGACUGGCCAUAGGGAAUGGUCUUCGGCGAGAGGUCUGGGAACAGUUCCUGAAGCGCUUUGGGCCCAUUCGAGUCUGUGAGUUCUAUGGCUCCACAGAGGGGAAUGUCGGCUUCAUUAACUACACUGGACAUGUUGGGGCUGUAGGCAAGAGCAGCCCUCUGCUUUGGCUGCUCAGUCCCUUUGAGCUCAUCCGGUUUGAUACUGAGACAGAGAAGCCCGUUCGGGACAAGAAGGGCCACUGCAUCCCCGUGGGGCCUGGGGAAACAGGGCUGCUGGUAUCACGCGUCACCAGCUUCUCCCCCUUCCUGGGGUACCUUGGCUUACCGGAGCACACAGAGAGGAAGCUCCUUCGGGAUGUGCUGCGGCCAGGGGACAUCUACUUCAAUUCUGGGGACUUGCUGUCUAGGGACUCGGAUGGCUUCCUCUACUUCCAGGACCGUGUUGGUGACACAUUCCGCUGGAAGGGAGAGAAUGUGUCUACACGGGAGGUGGAGGGUGUGUUGUCCUUGGUGGACUUCCUGGAGGAGGUGAACGUCUACGGUGUCCCCAUACCUGGUUGCGAGGGGAAGGUCGGGAUGGCAGCUGUACGGCUGAGACCUGGAAAAGCAUUUGAUGGCCAGAAACUCCACAGCUUCAUUGAGAACGUGCUCCCUGUCUAUGCUGCCCCACACUUCAUUCGGAUCCAGGACUCCCUGGAGACCACAGGCUCAUUUAAGCUCAUUAAGUCUCGACUGGUUAAGGAGGGUUUUGACUUGAGUGUCAUAUCUGAUCCCCUGUAUGUGUUAGACAGAAAAUCCAAGACCUUCCAGCCACUGACCCUAGAUUUGCACCAUGCCAUCUUGGAUGGAAGCUUCCAUCUGUGAUGUCUGACUCUAAACCCCAAGGCAUUCACAGUGACCCCUGACCCAAAGCUUCCAAGUCCUCUCCAGCCAGGUGACCACACACUCCCUACCUAACUCAUGCCUCAGAUUAUCUUUGUAUGGUUGGGGGAAGGGAGGUGAAGGAAUGCUUAACUAUUUUAUAGGCAAUAAGAUGGAGGAUAACUUUUCCAGGAUCAGGUCACUUUGGUGAGGAUAUGGAGGUGGGGAAUCCGCCAAACUUAUCCCCCCUGGCUCUCUUCUCAUUUUGGUGAGAGCAGCCAGGUAGCAGCCUCCCUAUACUCCCCAAAUGUCUUUCCAAGAACCUCUGUCUCAGUGCUUGGGGACAGCACUGGUCAGAAGAAACAAAACUGAAAUCAUCUUUCACCUCAAGAAGUUUAUGAUCUAAUGUUGAAAUACACGGAGAAAAAAGGAGGAAGAAGAAGGGGUCAAUGAGAUGGUGAUGAGGAUGGUAGUGCUAAUGAGGAUGAGAAUGAGGAGAAGAAGAAUGAUGAAGAUGGUGGUAAUGAGGAUGAUGAUGCUUCUGCUACUACUAAAGCUGGCCUUUCUACAAUGCUUUA